CGUUAACCAGCCUGCCGGUGUCGCGUAUUUUGCAGAAUCACCAUGGCUGCCGCGCUGAGAGAAACGGUGGGGCUAUAUGAGACGCUUAAGGCUGAGUGGAACAAGAAAAACCCCAAUCUGAACAAAUGCGGCGACAUUCUAAGCAAGCUCAAGAUUUCUUUGUUGGAGCUGAACUUUUUGCCAACUUCGGGGAGCAAAUUAACGAAGCAGCAGCUCAUCCUGGCCCGCGAUGUGUUGGAAAUCGGGGCACUGUGGAGCAUUCUAAAGAAAGACAUCCCUUCCUUUGAAAGAUACAUGGCACAGCUGAAGUGCUACUACUUUGACUACAAAGAUGAGUUGCCAGAGUCGGCCUACAUGCACCAGCUGCUGGGCCUCAACCUCCUCUUCCUGCUGUCCCAGAACCGGGUGUCAGAGUUUCACACAGAGCUGGAGAGGCUCACUGCCCGCGACAUCCAGACCAACGUGUACAUCAGGCACCCGGUCUCCCUGGAGCAGUACUUGAUGGAGGGGAGCUACAACAAAGUGUUUCUGGCCAAAGGGAACAUCCCUGCAGAGAGCUACACCUUCUUCAUCGACAUUCUGCUGGACACCAUCCGAGAUGAGAUCGCGGGCUGCAUCGAGAAGGCCUACGAGCAAAUCCAGUUCAAUGAAGCAGCGCGAGUCCUGUUCUUCUCUUCCUCCAAGAAGAUGACGGACUAUGCCAAGAAGAGGGGCUGGACCCAGAAUGCCAGUGGGUACUAUUUGUUCAGCUCCCAGCAGCAGAGGACAGAAGAGGUGACCAUUCCCUCCACAGAGCUGGCCCAGCAAGUCAUCGAGUACGCCCGGCAGCUGGAGAUGAUUGUGUAGUGGGGGUGGGGGUGUCUCACAUACACACAUGCGCACACACACACACACACACACACACACACACGCUCACACACAUACACACAACCGGCAGCAUGUUGUCCUGGUCCUGCUCUGUUAGACGGGUAUAGUGGUACAGUAUUGCUGCGUGGACCACAUCAAAACCUUCAAAUGUUUCUGCCCUAGUGCCUGAGUGCGAGACAAUGUGGCUGAAACGUCAGUAUGUGAGUGAUGUGUCUAAUUUUCCACAUCACAGCCAAGUUCCCCAUUUCUGGAACCAUGGAUGCACCAUCCACAUUUUCUGAAUGGCAGCUGUAGGCUUGUGUUAUAUCGCUCUAAUAUCAGGUGUCUUACCUCUGUCCCCCCAAGCCCGACUGCCAGGGUGGUGGUCCGGCCUCCUGCCCACCACAGUGCUGUCGGCUGGCCGGCCUCACCUACUCUUGCCUGCUGCGGCGGCCUGUGGUUGUGCUCCAUGCUCUCUCUAAAGCAUUAUCUAGAGCAGUGUUUCUUAACUCGGUCCUUGGGGACCCCCAGACAGUCCAUGUUUUUGCUCCCUCCCAGCUGCUGGGAGAGAGCAAAAACGUGGAUUGUAUUGGGGUCCUCAGGGACUAGGUUGAGAAACGCUCAUCUAGAGUGACUCCAAAUCAGUGCUUCUUACCUUGUAUCCUAGCAACUGGCAAAGGGAAUUGUGGUCAGAGUUGGAGGGUUUUUACAUAUGGUCGUUUGUGUCUGUCUUCUGCUCCAGAUGUCCUUUCACACACACCUUUAUUUCUGUGAUGGUUACCGGACUGUAAUAUAAUUGCACAACAGGAAAAUAAACUUUUUUUUUUCCA